UGAAAAACUCGUGAUGAUGGUAGAAAGGAUGAAGUAUGAUUUAGGAGAGAAAAAUAGUAUAUGCAUUAUUCUUGUUGGAGCUGGAUGUAUCAGAUAAUGGUGUAAUGUUUUCAAGUUUUGUAUGUGUGCAUUUUAAGCUAAAGAUGUCAAGUGCUACUAUGGGGUUCUGAUUCUAUAAAAAAUUGUGAAGGGAAAGUAGAUGAAUAAAAUGUGUUGAGAAAAAAGAAUGUGUUCUCAUUCUCUACUAUUCAUGGAACUAGAGCAAUGACUGUGGUAGAUUGCAGGGUUCAGUAGUGGCAGGAAGGUCAAAAGCCAAAAAAGUUGAAUGUCUGGCAAAGGAGAAGAUUACGAGACUUGCUCCUAUGAAGAAGUUGUCAAUAUGACAUAUUUGGAAGAGUGGGCUCUCAAGGACUGGGAUUACUUCAGUUCUUUGUUGGGGGCUACUGAAGCUUUGAAGGCUAGCACUCUCCGCCUUCCAGUUGUUGGUGGGGCAAAAGUGAGCGCCAACGUGUCUGCUGCCCAAAAAUUGUCAUGCAAUGGGAUCCUCAAUCUGUUUAUUGUUAUUGAAGGUUGGGGAUCUGAACUCUUUGGUUUCUGAACUUGGAAAUAUUAGAGUGAAAGAUUGUGCUUUGCUUCAUCAGUGGAAGGAUCUCCUGUCAACAAUUGCAGUAAUGCAGGUAAUGGUAGUUGCCACAUAAUUGGGGGUGUUCAAGCAUUUGUUUUGUAACUAGUUGGCCAUUCACAUGUAGCAUGGCCAAUGUCCACCUCAAGAGUUUCAUUUAGCCACCAGCCCAAAAUGUAAAACAAUUAUCAUAAUCCCCAGUAAAAAAAAAGAAAAGAAAAAGACCCUCUAAUGUAUGAAACUAUUAAAGAAACCUGUGUUAUUCUGUAAAAAACUCAAAAAAGAAAUAUGUAAUUAGGGUUCUGCUAAGACUUAUUUUAGUUCCAAAUCUGUAAAAAUAAACUACGAUUUUUUCCCAAAACAUUUCAAAAUACAAUAUAAAAUGCAUAACCCACGAGUUUCCCACAUCUUUCUUUCAGUCUCUGUUUUCUCUCCUUUUAUUACCCACAACUUUGAAGGUGAGCAAUGAUUUUAGAUGGAAGCAGGAAAACUUUAUUUAAAAUUUAUGGUAUUUCACACCAUAUAUGCGCACUCACGUCGUUUAACUAAUAAAUAUGUCGAUAAUGUCGUGUAAAAUUUAUGAUUGUACAGCUAAAGCCCCCCAAAAUUCUAACCCCGAGACAAUGAAAGUGUAAAGCUCAGUCUCAUUUGACUACCUAAUACAUACUGUACACCUUGUUUCCUAGCUAGGAUCCUUGGAACCAGAGGAUAUUUUAUCUUAUGAUGAUGCAUUUACAAUUGAUAAAUGGCAGAAGAUCAUAGAUGCUCUUAGAUUGCACACAUUUAUUAAUUUUCUUAUAGGCUUGGGGAAUGUCUGUGUAUGUAUUUCAAUGGUUCCAU